AUGAGCUCUCCUGUGUGUCUGAGCGACGAAACGAUAUCUCUUGCACAUGAUAAGCCAGUAACAAAAGGGCCCCUGUGCAAGGAGUGCGAGCCCAUGUCCUUUGUCUCAUAUGUCAAAGCGGGAGCAACCCCGGUUCUUCCCAUUGGCGCAGCUGUGACGAUCCUAUUCUGCAACAUAGUGCUCCCAGGGAUUGGGACGAUGUUUUCGGCGAUAGCCCCGUCGGCCAAGGCCAACCGACGGACAAUACUCUCCAUAGGCCUUCUACAGUUCUUUGGCGCACCCCUUAUCUUCCCCUAUUGCUGGGCCCUAUUUUAUGGUGCACAGCUAAUAUCACACUCCAAGAUGCACCAGGUAGAAGACCAGCUUCGACGGCUUGCGGCUAUGAGGGCAUCGGGCGAUCUACCCACACCGGACACUCCCUCCACGCAGAGCACAACAAAUUCCCCCGAUUCAGACGGCCACCACGUUCGCUCGAUCCACCAAUUCCCAGUUCCAAUGUACUAG